CCUCCAGGCUCCUGCCAGCCGGUCUGCUGCAUCAUGGCCUGGCAAAGCCCCAAUGGCCUUGUGCACGCCAUGCACUCUAUCCGUCGAGCUGCUCAAUUGCGGCCUUUCCUCCAGCGCUCCGUGAUCUCCGCAUCCCCCAUCUCCUCUCCCUUCACGCCCACUGGCCUCCGGCAACGCAUGAGCGCUCGCGGCUUUACGACCGAGCUCCAACCCGUUGCUGCCCCCGAGGUUGACUUGGCUGAGUUCCCGGUCAAGCCAGCCCGCAUUAUUCCCGUGUCGGCGGCCUACUUCUCCGGCAGCCCCAAGUUCAUCGACCACCUGCUGAGACUUGAAGCCCUUCUCGCGAAAUAUGCGUCGUUACCAACUGUGUCCCCCAGCGACGCCCCCAGAAUGGCUUGGUUCAAGCUGCUCCAGUUCCGGGAUGUGGUCGGCGAACCGGUCCCGACCAAGAAAUACAAAGCCCUCCUCAAGCUCCUGCAGAGACUCAACCGGAUCGACCCCACCGUCGCCCCGGAGGAGGUGCGUUCUGCUCUGGGCCUCUUCCUCCGGCCGGGCAAUCCGUUCGGGGUCAAGCCUGCCCCGGCUACAGUGGAUGACAAGGGUCGAGCCCGUGGUAAGGGCAAGCGCAAGGCGUCCUCGGCGGUGGUGCACCUCGUCGAGGGUGAGGGUGAAGUGUUGGUGAACGGCAAGACGCUGAACGAGGUGUUCCCUCGUCUACAUGACCGCGAGAGUGCGGUUUGGGCUCUGCGGUGUACGUCACGGCUGGACAAGUAUAACGUGUGGGCUACCGUCCAGGGCGGAGGAGUUACUGGCCAGGCGGAGGCGAUUACACUGGCUGUGGCACGGGCACUGUUGGUUCACGAACCUGCCCUUAAGCCUAUCCUACGGAAGGCUGGUGUUAUCACGGUGGAUGCCCGUCGUGUGGAGAGAAAGAAGCCGGGUCAUGUCAAAUCGCGCAAGAUGCCCACCUGGGUCAAGCGGUGAAGGCGCAGCCGACUCCGACCUCUCUCUGGGGAGGGAUAUUCUCUCUGUUCUUUUUUUCUUAAUUUCCUUGUUGUAUUAUUCCACUUGGCCUUGUGAUUCUUGACGAAAGUAUAUCCUGUAUUGCAAGCAUCCCAACUCGGUGUCACGGGGGUCGUUUCAGGACGCGACACUGCAUGUUCUCGGCGAUAAGCAUGUAACUAUUGGCGUUGAACAAUUGAACCGAAUUAUAGUGUAGACCUUCUGUGC